AUGGCCGCAAAGCGCAUUGAAAAAUGGGAGAUUGAUCGAUACUGGGAGAUCUUUGCCUCUCUCGUGCAGCAGCCGGCUACGCCUUCGUCGCACCUGACAAACCAUGCGGCAGCAGAGGUUCUACGCAAUUCUCAACUGCGAGAUGAUCAACUGGAAAGAGUCUGGGACCUCGCCGACGUUGACGGCGAUGGCGAAUUGGACUUCGAAGAAUUCUGUGUCGCGAUGCGGUUGAUCUUCGACCUCGUCAACGGCGAAUACCAAGAUGUGCCAGCCUCCUUACCAGACUGGCUGGUCCCCGAGAGCAAGGCUCAUUUGGUGGCAGCCAACAGAGCUUUGACUGGCCAUCAGGCAGCCAGAUUUGAGCGCAUUGAAGACGACGAGGAAGACGCAGGCCUAAAAGAUGGCUUUGACUGGUACAUCAACCCUGGUGACAGGUCUAAAUACGAAGAAAUCUAUUCUGCAAACAAGGACCGGCGCGGAGAGAUUAGCUUCGAAAGCUUGCACACCCUAUACGGAAGUUUGGACGUCCCAGACACAGAUAUUAGAAGCGCGUGGAAUCUCGUCAACACCAGCGGACGAAGCACCAUCGCUAAGGACGCCUGUUUAGCAUUCUUGCACAUCCUCAAUUACAGACACGAGGGCUACAGGAUACCUCGAUCGGUGCCCCCAAGUCUACGCUCCAGCUUCGAGGGCAACAAGAUCGACUAUCAGAUAGACAGCAUGCGCAACAGACCCAAUAAAUACGAUGAAGACACAAGCACGGGCCGAAAAGCCAAAUUCGGCGAUGCAUAUCUCAGCCGAAUUGGAGUCCGAGGAGGCUCGGCUUACCAACCCAAGGGCACUAAUUUCUCGGACGUCGUGGAAGACGAAGAUCUGGAGAAGGUCAGACUACUGCGCGAGCUGCGAGACAUCGAGUCUCAACAGGAAGCGGCCCAAGCUUCCGCAGACCGCCGGCGCAAACAGAGAUCGGGUAACGACGGCUCAGGACAACCUGGAAAGACCAAUUGGACUUUGAUCAAACGUGAAGCCCAGCAAUUGCUUGAAUAUAAGCAGAGGCAACAUGUUGAGUUGAGUUCGGAUAAGGCAUCUGCUGCUGGCGGGGAUCUCCAGCGAUUGAGGGAUGACCUCGCGCUCGUCGCAGACCAGGUGGAGGGUUUGGAAGCGCAUCUACGAAAGCGGGAGGCCGAGCUGGACAGCCUGCGGCGAGAGGUCGAGAAUGAGAAGUCCGGCAGAUAG